AUGGCAGUUAUCCUGGAAUCCAACAAAAACUUACCAACUGAACAUUGUUACGGUACCCGUGCUCAAUCAAAAAUUAUGGAUCAAAAGUUGGAGAAGCUAGAGCGACUUCAAAAGGAAAUGCAAGACCAGUUGCAGGCGCAAAUGAAAGAGCAAAUAGAAAAGAUUCAGCAUGACAUGGUGCAAAAGAUGGAGGACUCUCAAAAUGAUCUAAUAAUUAAAAUGACACAAUUAUUGAAGAGAGUAGAUAAGGGGAAAGGGCAUGUGAUUAUUAAUGAAGAAGAAAACAAUGGUGAACCACUUUAUCCUCCAGGUUUCACGCCUCUGCACGCGCCCCAACAGUUCCAAGGCGAUGCUUCAAUCCCAAUGAAUUUUCAACCCCGAGCGGGUUCUAAUCCCGGUGAUAGCCCGAAUAAUAUUGCUGUCCCAGAUCUUGAUGAGGUGGUUGAAAAGGACAAGGUGAAGGAGGAAUUUCCAAAACAAUUUGAGGAGAAAUGGAAAUGGAUAGAAGAGAAGUUUAGGGCAAUAGAAAGCAUUGAAAGCUAUCAUGGGAUAGAUGCAAAAGAUCUGAGCUUGGUUCCGGACUUGGUACUCCCUUACAAAUUUAAGAUGUCGGAAUUCGAGAAAUACAACGGGACCAGUUGCCCAGGAUCCCAUAUUACUAUGUUUUGCAGAAGAAUGACGGGGUAUAUUAAUAAUGAUCCAUUAUUAAUACAUUGCUUUCAGGAAAGUCUUACGGGAGCGGCGUCAAAGUGGUACAAUCAGCUGAGCCGAGACAAAAUUGCUGCUUGGAGGGAUUUAGCACAGGCUUUCCUGAGACAAUACAAUCACGUCUCAGAAAUGAUGCUUGACAGGAUAACUCUGCAGAAUUUAGAGAAGAAAUCGAACGAAAGCUUUAGACAGUAUGCGCAGAGGUGGCGAGAGGUGGCGGUUCAGGUGCAACCACCGCUUUUGGAAAAAGAGAUGACGACGCUUUUUAUUAAUACAUUGAAAGCUCCGUUCAUCACUCACAUGUUGGGAAGCGCUUCAAAAGAUUUCUCAGAUAUAAUCAUGAAUGGUGAAAUGAUUGAGCAUGCCAUUAAAAGUGGAAAAAUAGAUGGAGGAGAGAAUAAUAGGAGGGCAGCCCCGAGGAAAAGAAAAAAUGAAGUGAAUAAUGUGAAUGCUUAUGGUAGGUCAAUUACAGUGAAUCAACCAAAGAAAGUGGUUGCCAAUCAACAGAGAUCAUCAAGACAAGAGUCGGGAGUUAGGCAAACUACUGAAAAGCCUCAAUUCACGCCAAUCCCGAUGUCAUACAAGGAGUUGUAUCAGACUUUAUUCAAUGCGCAUGUUGUUGCUCCUCGUUACUUGAGCCCUCUACAACCCCCGUAUCCAAAAUGGUAUGAUACGAACGCGCAAUGUGAUUAUCACGCGGGAAUUUCUGGGCACUCAAUAGAAAAUUGUACUGCCUUCAAGAAGGUAGUAGAAGAACUUAUCAAAUUAGGUGUUGUCAAACCCGACGACUCACCUAACACAGAAAAUCCGUUACCUAAUCACGCUGAUAAGGGGGUGAAUAUGGUGAGCGAAGGUACGAGAGAAGAAGUCAAGAUUGACAUUGCUGAAGUAAAAACUUCAUUGAAAUUGGUCUGGAAAGAGAUGGCAAAGAGAGGGUUAGUUACUUCAGAUUUUGAGAAGGGGUACGAGACCGGAAAUUAUUGUGAAUUCCACCAUAAAACGGGGCACGAAAUCCAAGAAUGUGAAGGAUUCAGGGCCUUGGUUCAAAGCAUGAUGGAUAACAAGGAGAUGAGGUUUUAUGAAGGUACGGAGGAAAGAAGGAACAUAUGCGCAACAGAGUUAGGAAUAAAGGCUCCAAAAAUAAAUCAUCCUGUGGUCAUUAUCUCACGCCCUAAGGGUAAUGAGGCUAGGGCUCAGGUAACACCGAAAAUUGUAAUCCGUAAACCAUCAAAUUUCUCUUAUAGGGAUAACAAAAUGGUGCCGUGGAAUUACGGGUGUAAUGUGACCAUUUUGGGAGGAGAGGCAGAGAGAAAUCAGGAAAUAGAAGAGGAGGCAAAGGAGUUUUUGAAGUUUCUGAAACAUAGUGAAUACAGUGUUGUGGAGCAACUGCACAAACAGCCAGCCCGUAUUUCUGUAUUAGCUUUGCUCCUAAGCUAAGAAGUACACCGGAAUGCACUUUUGAAGGUGCUAAACGAAACAUAUGUGGCUGACAAUAUUUCGGUAAACAAGCUGGAUCGGUUGAUCAACAAUAUUGGCGCUGACAAUUUUAUCUUCUUCAAUGAUGAUGAAAUACCAUCCGGAGGAAGAGGUUCGACUAAAGCCCUGCAUGUUACUGUCCGAUGCAAAGGGUACACACUCCCGGGGGCCUUGGUUGAUAAUGGAUCUGCAUUGAAUGUAUUGCCUUUGUCCACUCUUAGUCGAUUACCAAUAGAUAGUUCGCACAUGAAAGCAUGCCAGAGCAUAGUAAGGGCUUUUGAUGGAACAGAAAAGAAGGUUAUGGGGAGAAUUGAGAUGCCAUUAAGGAUUGGCCCAAUCACUUAUGAGGUGGACUUCUUGGUAAUGGAUAUUAAGCCUUCCUACAACUGUUUAUUGGGAAGACCGUGGAUACACUCAGCCGGGGCAGUACCUUCAUCAUUACAUCAGAAGGUGAAGUUGGUAUCGGAGGACCGGUUGGUAACAAUUGAUGCAGAGGAGGAUAUUAUCGCAAUGAUGACUAGUGAUGCACCUUAUGUAGACAUCAACGAUGAGGCACUGGAAUGUUCUUUUCGGUCGUUAGAAUUUGUGAAUGCGAUGUUUAUUACGAAAGGAAGCAGAAUUCCAGUACCGAAAAUAUCCAGGACCACCAAAAUGGGGUUGCGAUUGAUGGUAGGAAGAGGAGCCUCACCAGGGAAAGGAUUGGGAAAACAUCUUCAGGGAAGGAUUGAAGCACCAAUGCUGAAGGAAAAGUCUCCAGAUAUCAAUGACAUGAGUGACGCUGCUUCAAACACGGAGUCUAUUUUUGAGCAAGAAAUGUGUUUGGAGGGAUCUCACGACUUUGAAGAUAACGAAGAUUAUGGUGCGUCCCCGGACUUGUUAAGAAUGAUGGAACAAGAAGAUAAGCAGAUCCUACCUCAUAGGGAAUCAUUAGAAAUAGUGAGCCUAGAGGAUGGGAAAGAGGUGAAAAUUGGAACUGAAAUCACUGCAAAGACAAGGCAAGACCUCAUUAAUUUACUCCGAGAGUUCAAAGAUAUUUUCGCGUGGUCGUACCAAGAUAUGCCUGGGCUAAGUACUAACAUUGUGGUACAUCGUCUACCCAUAAAGGAGGAUUGUAAACCCGUUCAGCAGAAGCUCAGGAGAAUGAGACCUGACAUUGUGUUAAAAAUAAGAGAAGAAGUCAAAAGACAAUUCGACGCUGGAUUCUUACAAGAGGUCAAGUAUUCGGAUUGGGUAGCCAACAUCGUCCCUGUUCCCAAAAAAGAUGGAAAGGUACGAAUGUGUGUGGAUUAUAGGGAUUUGAACAAGGCUAGUCCGAAGGAUAAUUUUCCACUACCUCACAUUGAUACUUUGGUAGAUAACACGGCGGGCUUGUUUUCUUUCAUGGAUGGUUUCUCGGGAGACAAUCAAAUAAAGAUGCAUCCUGGAGACAUGAGGAAAACCACAUUCAUUACAUUAUGGGGAACAUUUUGUUACAAAGUAAUGCCCUUCGGAUUGAAGAAUGCGGGAGCAACGUACCAAAGAGCUAUGGUGACUUUGUUUCACGACAUGAUGCACCAAGAGAUCGAAGUCUAUGUUGAUGAUAUGAUUGCGAAGUCUAGAACGGAAGAAGAGCAUGUUCAGGUCUUGAAAAGGUUAUUUUUGAGAUUAAGGAAAUUUCAGCUCAAGCUUAACCCGGCAAAAUGCACGUUUGGAGCCAGAUCAGGGAAGUUAUUAGGCUUCAUAGUUAGCAAAAAGGGGAUCGAGGUUGACCCAGACAAAGUAAAAGCAAUACGAGAUUUACCUCCCCCGCGCACUCAGAAGGAGGUACGAGGUUUCCUAGGGAGGUUGAAUUACAUCGCCAAGUUCAUCUCACAACUGACGGAGAAAUGUGAUCCAGUGUUCCGUCUCUUAAAGAAACACAAUCCGGGUGAAUGGGAUGAAGAAUGUCAGAAGGCAUUCGAUAAGAUAAAGCAAUACUUGGCUAAUACACCAGUACUAUCGCCGCCAAGUCCAGAUAGGCCAUUGAUACUGUAUCUAACAGUGUUUGAAAAUUCUAUGGGAUGCGUAUUGGGCCAACAUGAUGAGACAGGAAAGAAAGAAAGGGCAAUAUACUAUCUCAGUAAGAAAUUUACUGAUUGCGAAAUGAGAUACUUAUCGAUUGAGAAGUUGUGUUGUGCUUUAAUCUGGGCAACCCGAAGACUAAGGCAGUAUAUGUUGUAUCAUACGACUUGGCUGAUUUCAAAGUUGGAUCCUUUGAAGUAUAUGAUGGAAUCAACUGCUUUAAACGGGAGAAUGGCUAGAUGGCAGAUUCUGCUAUCUGAGUUUGACAUAGUUUAUGUAAGUUAGAAGGUCGUAAAGGGAAGUGCGAUAGCUGAUUUCUUAGCUAGUAGAGCUUUGGAAGACUAUGAGUCUUUGGACUUUGAUUUUCCAAAUGAGGACCUGAUGUAUGUGGCGAGCACCGAAGAGAAUACUAAAAAGGAUAACGUAUGGAGGUUAAAUUUCGAUGGAGCUUCGAAUGCUACGGGUAAUGGAAUUGGGGCAGUCUUAGUAUCACCAAAUGGAGAUCAUUAUCCUGUUGCAAGCAAGUUGGAUUUUGAUUGUACAAAUAAUAUGGCAGAAUAUGAAGCAUGUAUUAUGGGCAUUCGUGCAGCCAUUGAACGAAACAUCAAAGUGCUAAGGGUAUAUGGGGAUUCCGCAUUGGUGAUAUACUAACUUAAAGGGGAAUGGGAGACUAGGGACCCUAAGUUAAUCGAUUAUAGAAAACGGGUCCUCGAAUUGGCUGAUGAGUUUGACGAUAUCACCUUCUAUUAUCUCCCACGAGAGGAAAACCAGAUGGCUGACGCAUUAGCUACUCUAGCUUCGAUGAUUCAGGUGAAUAGACUCGAGGCAAUGAGGCCUAUUCAAAUGAGUAUCUAUGAGACUCCAGCUCAUUGCUGCAAUAUUGAGGAGGAGGGAAAAGAUGAUUGUCCUUGGUAUCAGAAUAUCCUACAGUAUGUGAAGAAUCAGGAGUACCCUAAUCAAGCGACAGAAAACGACAAAAGAACUCUGAGAAGAAUAGCCAUCGAAUAUGUCCUAGAUGGGGAAAUGUUAUACAAAAGAAGGAAGGAUCAAGUACUGUUAAGAUGUGUGGAUGCCGUGGAAGCCAGGAAAAUCUUGGAGGAAGUACAUGAGGGUAUUUGUGGGAUGGACGCCAAUGGUUUUACGAUGGCUAGACAGAUCAUGAGAUUUGGGUACUAUUGGCCCACCAUGGAAGGAGAUUGCAUUGAUUAUGCCAAGAAGUUCCACAAAUGCCAAAUUUACGGAGACAAAAUACAUGCGCCUCCUUCACCUCUUCACGUCAUGACCUCUCCUUGGCCGUUUUCCAUGUGGGGUAUGGAUGUUAUUGGGCCUAUAUCACCAAAGGCUUCUAAUGGACAUCGCUUCAUCUUCGUGGUCAUUGAUUACUUUACCAAGUGGGUGGAAGCUGCUUCAUACGCAAAUGUCACGAAGUCAGCAGUCAGCAAAUUCUUGAAAAAGGAGAUUAUUUGUCGAUAUGGAAUUCCUGAGAAAAUCAUAUCCGACAAUGCGUUAAAUUUGAAUAAUAGCACAAUAGCUGAGGUUUGCAGCCAAUUUAAGAUCAAACAUCAUAACUCAUCACCGUAUCGUCCAAAAAUGAAUGGUGCAGUGGAGGCGGCCAAUAAGAAUAUAAAAAGGAUUAUGGGGAAAAUGACUGAAACUUACAAGGAUUGGCAUGAGAAAUUAUCAUUUGCUCUCCUUGCCUAUCGAACAUCUGUUAGAACUUCUACCGGGGCAACACCCUUUUCUCUGGUAUAUGGAAUGGAGGCGGUAUUACCCAUUGAAGUUGAAAUCCCUUCUCUACGGGUGCUAUCUGAACUGCAGUUGGACGAAGCCGAUUGGGUCCAAUCUCAGUACGAUCAGUUGAACUUAAUAGAAGAAAAGAGGCUAAGAGCUAUUCGCCAUGGGCAAAUGUACCAGAAACGAAUGAUGCGAGCCUAUAAUAAAAAGGUCCGCCCUAGAGAGUUUCGUGAAGGAGACUUAGUGCUAAAAAAGAUUCUCCCCAUGCAAAAAGAUUCGAGAGGAAAGUGGAUGCCAAAUUGGGAAGGUCCUUAUGUUGUAAAGAAGGCCUUUUCCGGUGGGGCUUUGAUCCUAUGUGAGAUGGAUGGUAAAAGUUUGCCAAACCCUGCAAACGCAGACUCCGUCAAGAAAUACUUCACUUGA